UGGCGGCCCAGGCCGUAGGCCGUGGAGUCGUGGAGCAGCGUCGCGGAGCGAGUUGAAACCGUCGGCGAACACAUGUGCCAGUUCCCACUGACAUUCUGACAUUCGCCCCCCCAAGUUACGAUGACAAUAUAGUUUCGCGACGGAAAACGGGGCGAAUUCCAUUCCUGCGCGCGAAAAGAUGUACGACAUAUGCCAUCCCAGCUAUUAUCAUCUGUGCAAACUCGGCUGUAAUGACCCGAUAAAAACGAGCACCGCUUUUUACGUCUACAUCGAGAUAUGCGAAGUGAAGCGAUACUGGGACGUCAAGUACAAGUACAACGAAGAACUUGACGUCAUCUAUUUCGAGGUGAAGAAAAGGGAGCACUCUCGGUUGGAGAUCUACGUGCCUUGGCCAACCAAGUAUAACAUCUGUCUUGAAAAGAUUGAGGAGAUGCAACAGUUACUGCAAAAUGAACGAUUGACAUUUGUAUUUAAAUCUGAAGAUAGCAGCAGUGUUUUCUACACGGUAAGCGCUGGCCUCUCAAAGCCAGCGGCACCAGAAGCGAGCAAACGACAAAAGGAAAAAGCGGAAAAGAUACUUAAUUUGGAAAGUGAAAUCCGGAGAAACACUCCAAACUUGUAUGAAUUAGCAAAGACUUUAGGUACUACUCGUGAGAUUAACGAUCAAAAUUGUAAUCCUGGCUUGAAUAUUACUACAGAAUCUUCAAAUAUUGAUUCCAGUUUGGAUAUAUUAUGAUACUUUUCUUCUAUUUAAUAUAUAAUUUUGAUGUAAUAUAUGUCUGCUGUUUGUA